AUGAAGUGUUUCUCAACCAUACUCGAAGCCCUAAACCACCAUGCCUUGGCGACACCCAACAGGGUUGUCUUUACCUGGGUCAACAUCAAGUGUGAGGAACAAAACAAGAUGACAUUCAAGCAGCUCGAGGAUCAAUCCAAUGCUGUGGCUGCUCGUCUCCUAAAGCUUGGAUGCCAAAAGGGUGACCGAGUCAUGGUGGUGUAUCCAUUCGGUCUGGAGUUUUUGGCUGGUAUGUUUGGUGCCAUGAAAAUUGGAGUCAUCCCCUGCUCCAUUUAUCCACCCAAUCCAAACAAGCUCAAGACUGACAUGCCAAAGUUCCGCAGAUUUUCUGAGGAUGCCGGAGCCAAAUUUGCCAUGUCUACCAGCGUGUUUGCUGCUGGCAUGACUGCCGCUGGUGUCCUCUACAAGACAGGGGUCAAAUGGAUCGGGACCGACAAGCUAACAAUCAAGCAACAAAACCCCAACACACCCCAACAUUACGAGACCUACAAUGGGGAGCCUGAGGAUGUCUGUUUCAUCCAGUACACCUCCGGAAGCACCGGUCGCCCCAAAGGAGUCAUGGUCCGCCACCAAAACCUAGCAGAAAAUUGCAGAACCAUUGGCACUUCCACCCAGAUGACUUCUACUUCGGUGACUGUAUCAUGGGUACCUCAAUACCAUGAUAUGGGACUUGUGGGUGGUUUCAUGUCCUGCCUGUAUUCUUGUGUCCCCCUUGUAAUGACGUCACCUCUGGACUUCCUAUCGAAACCAAUUCUUUGGUCUGAUAUGAUUGAGAUAUAUCAGGCAACCCAUACCUGUGCCCCUAACUUUGCCUACGCCUUGCUCCUAAAGCGAUUAAAGAAUGCCAACCGGAAAGCUGACUGGAGUUGCUUGGAGUUUGCUGGGUUUAGUGCUGAACCUACCCAGCAAAGUGUUGUGGAGGAUGUGGUAAAGACUCUAUCAGUUAGGCCAGGAAAUGUUCACAACCUCUAUGGCCUUGCAGAGUCAGUUGUGUGGCUUACAGGUGGACCUGCUAUCCCAGACUCAGAAGGUCUUGUCUGCUGUGGAGAAGUAGACUCCCCAACCCUCAAGCUCCGAAUUGUCCAGGAUGGAAAAGAGGUUGAGGAUGGACAGGUUGGGAGUAUCUGGGCUCAAUCACCACGUGUGGCUGCCGGGUACUAUGGCCAACCUGAGCUUACAACCUCCACCUUUGCCAAUGCUUUGCCCAAUUAUGAUGGAAGCUGGCUUGACACUGGUGAUUUGGGAAAGGUUGUUGAUGGACAGCUUUACGUUACUGGAAGAGUCAAGGAUAUUAUCAUUAUUAAUGGCAGGAACUACUACCCAACAGAUGUGGAAUCAUCUAUUGAUGGUGUCUUUGGUGAUGUUGUCCGCCCAGGCAGGACCGCUGCCUUCCAGCAUGGGGAAGACAGUGUUGGAGUCACAGUGGAGGGCCGGAAGGAAUUUGUCAAGUCAGCAAAUGAAGAUUUGGCUGUGCAGAUAUCCAAUCAUGUAUCUCAAAUGCAUGGGCUUCUUGUCUCUGAUGUUGUUGUUCUGAAGUUGGGAGUAACACCCAAGACCACCUCUGGCAAGCUGAAGAGGAAUGAGAUCAAGCAGACAACAGUUAACGGUGAUUGGAAGGCAUCUGAUGUGCUCCAUAGAUUCCAACUUGAGCACAACAUUUCAUUGCAGGGGGGUACAAGCAGUGAUUUCCAUUUGUCAGAAGGGAGUCAAGAUGAAAUCGUGAGAAGAUCAACGACACUACCAUUUGGAGGGAGUGUGCCCAAACUCCAGCUUCAUGAAAAUGACUUUAGCGAACCUGCAAACUCUGAUAUCAAGGCUUCUAUAUCUGGUGCUGGAGCUACAGACCAAGAUGACUUUUCCAUCAGAUAUGCCAAUGUAAUCAUGUCUGUCUUUGGAUCACAUAUUGACACAUCCAAGUCUUGGGCUGAGAAUGGACUCACAUCCCUCAGGAGUGCUGAGCUUAGGAUCAAAGUGGAAGAGGAGCUGCAUGUGGUACUCCCUGCUAACUUUGAGCAAUUUUACCCAACCCCCAAGGUGCUAUCAGUCCACCUGUCAGCAUCAGAGGGCAAGAGAUUUCCCAAGCAAAAUGCUGACUACAGCCCAACUCCUGGAUUCAUUGGUAUAUCAUCAAGAUCCAGAAUAAGCAAGCUCCAGAUGGGUGUGCUCCAAACUCUUGGUUCAAGUGUGAUUCUUCUAUUGGUUUUUGUGUCAGUUGUUCCAUCCUAUUCCCUUGUGUCCUGGGUUCUGGAAAAGUGCUCUUCAACCCAGGGUGGGGAGAAUCACUGCCCAGUCUUCUGGAUUUGUUUGCCCCUAUCCUUCCCUCUGUACUUUCUCUCUCUUUCAGUAGCUGUCAUUCUCUGCAAGAUUGCUGUUGUUGGGAGGUACAGACACCAACAAUUUGAUCUCUUGUCAUGCAACUACAUCCAGUGGUGGUUAAUGGACAGGCUCAUGGAUGUUUGGGAGUCACUGGUUGGGCACUUCUUUGUUAACACAAGGUUCAUUUGGAUCUUCUACUGGCUGCUUGGUGCUGACCUGGCUUGGACUGCCAAGAUUGAAUCCUACAUCCGAGAAUUUGAUCUCAUCAAUGUUGGCAGUAAUGCUACUAUUGGUCACUCUCUCAAGUGCCGGAAGUUCUCUUACUCAGGUACUGCAGGAGGAAGCCCUAAGAUGACUUUCCGUCCAAUUGCUGUUGGAGCGAAUUGCACAAUCUCUGGCAUGAUCUGUCCUGGGGCAAAGAUUGGAGAUGGCAGCAAGGUGGAGACACUGUCUGUUGUUGAAGAGGGAGCCAUUGUUCCUGAGGGCGUCCUUGCCCAAGGAAAACCAGCCUAUAAUGCUGGCUCAUUCAGGCAUACAGAAUCAAUUGAUGUGGAGGAGUCGAUGCUGGAUGUCUUCAAGAUGCUUUGGGCAAUAUUUGAGGCAUACCAUCUUUUCACACUUGCCUUUGUUGGUAGCAAUGUGCUGCAUGAAAUCUUGCCUUCAUGGCGGUAUGGAGGUAUUCUUCAUUGGAUCCUGCUGUUGCCAUUUACUUCCAUCCUGGCACUUUGCUCCAGCAUUGCCCUCAAGUGGCUUCUGAUUGGAAAACGGGACCCAUCAGAUGAGUACGAGGGUUCACUCUACAACCAGGCAACUAACUGGGCAUGUGACUUCCACUUCCAUGCAGCUGGUUUUGCUCUUGCUCCUUUCUGCGGUGCAUCCAAAAUCUGGAACAUAAUCUUCUUCCUCCAUGGCCUUGACAUUGACUUGGAGUCACGCAUAAAUGGUCUCUAUGCACAUUUCCAACCCUCAAAGGUUGAUUUUGUGAAGAUCCAGAAGUCUUUUGCCUCGGCCAUCUCGCUAGACUUGAGCAAGCAAGGAGGCGGCAAAAUUGAGAUCAUCAACAGCAGUGUUGGCUACAAUGCCAAUCUUCAUUCCGGUAUCAAAAUUAUGCAAUCUACAAUUCCUCCAAGGUCAGAUGUGUCUGAAAGUGUUUAUGACUUGAACCAACAAUCAAGCCAUGGUUUGUCCAAGCCCAGUCUUAUUGUCACACUACAUGCAGAGCUGCUACAGGUUUUGCUGAAUGUGAUUCUUUUUGCCUCCAUUAUACCAUCCUACGAGAUUGGUCUUGUUGCUACAACAAGUUCAUCAUCUGGCAUUGCUGCACUUGGGUUGGGCACAGCUUUUGUGCUCCAAUGGUUUGUUUGGAUACAGUUGACAAGAGCUGUUGAGGGCAUACUCUUCAAGUUGCCAAACCAUAUUCAGCUCAGUUGUUUUGGAGUUUACAUUAAUGCUGUAUGGGUCUUUCGUGUUGGCAAUUUGCUGGAGAAGCUCCUGUAUGGAACUCCAAUGUUUGGCCACUAUGCAAAGUUAAUGGGUGCUGAAGUCACCGGGGACCUCUGGUACUUUGGUGAUGAACUAUAUGAGUAUGGUAAACUACACUUCAAAGGAGAUGUACUUGUGGACUGUUCCCAUUUGAGUGGACACUAUGUUGAUGGAAAGGGGCUGACCUUGGAAGACACUCAUGUCUCUGGCGUUCUUCACCCUGGAUGCUAUGCUUCUGCUGGAUCAUUGGUAUCUGCUGCCGAACACGGUCCAUGGAAAGUGUUUUUAAGAAGUGAUAUGUGUGUCCAGGAUUCAUCGAAGCUGCCAAGUGAUUCAACCUCCAACAAUGUUUGA